AUGGCAGAGGAGAAACGGGUUUCAGAGACGGCGUCUGAUAACAACCCUUUCGCCAAACUCGAUGCGCGUUUCCUCUCCACUGGCGCCUUGCAGGGUGCCGGUAACGUCACCAACCUCCAGGACGCCGAUGAAGCACUCGCCUUUCUCGAGAACCACCCACGUCCAGCAGAGAUCGCUGCGCAGGGCAAUGCCAUCCUCGAAGACCCGGUGCAGCUGAAGAAGUUGAUCCGCAAGAUCGACUUUACCAUCGCGCCUCUGCUGGCAGCCGUCUACUUCCUGCAGUUCCUGGACAAAACGACGCUGGCAUACACGGCUGUCAUGGGCAUCCGGACAGACACACAUCUCGUGGGACAGGACUAUUCGGACGUGAGCAUGCUGUUCUACGUCGCAAUGCUGGUAUCAGGCUUUUUGGCUGCCGAAUUCCCGACGCAAUACCUGGCACAGCGCAUCUCGCGACUGGGCCUGUACCUCGGCGUCAACAUCAUGAUCUGGGGUGUCGUCCUCUGCUGCCACGCCGCGUGCACGAGCUUCGCCGGUCUGGCCGUCGUGCGCACUCUGCUGGGUGUUUUUGAGAGCUGCGUCGCCCCUAUCCUGGUGCUCAUCAUCGCCAUGUGGUACAAAAAGUCCGAGCAAGGCCGUCGUGUCUCCUACUUCUAUGUCUGCAAUUCUCUGACGCAGGUCUUCGGCGGCUGCGUCGCCUAUGGUGUCUCUUUCUCCAAGUCGCGCUUCGCUACGUGGCGCAUCUUCUACCUCGUCAUAGGAGCCAUCACCGUCAUCAUCGGUUUCCUCGUUGCCGUUUUCCUGCCGGACUCUCCUGUCCGAGCAAAACGUUUCACCGACGCCGAAAAGGUGGCCGCCAUCUUGCGCGUGAAGGAUAACCAGUCGGGCACGCAGAACGCGCGUCUGAAGAAGUCGCAAGUCUUUGAGACGUUCAAGGACAUCCGCAUCUGGCUCGUCUGCCUCGCUACGAUGCUCACCAGCAUCCCCAACGGUGGUAUCUCAAACUUCUCCAAUAUCCUCCUGACCACAUUUGGCUACACUUCUCAGCAGGCUCUUAUCCUGAACGUGCCGUCUGGUGUCAUUGGGGCAGUAUUCGUCUUACUCUCCGGCUGGUUAUCGGAUCGCUGGCGAGACCGGAGCCUGGUCAUGUUCAUAUGUAUUAUUCCCACUAUCCUGAGUGCCGCACUUAUGAUUGGCCUUGAUCCGAACGGUCAUCCCACUAACAAGGCUGGCCUGCUGGCUGCCUCGUUCAUUUCGGGAACCUUUGGCGCGUCAUUCAUGCUCCUGCUCGCCUGGAACGCGUCGAACAUCGCCGGCCACUCCAAGAAGGUGACCGCCAACGCGCUCACGCUCGUCGCUUUCUGUGUGGGCAACAUCCUCGGCACGCAGACGUUCCAGGCCUACCAGGCUCCGGGGUAUAUCUCGGGCAAGGCCAGCAUCGUCGCAACGCUAGCGGCGACCUGCCUGGUGAUCGUAGCGUUGAGGCUGUACAAUGACUGGCUGAAUCGGAUGAAUAAGAAGACGCUUGCGGGGAUGAGUGAGGAGGAGAAGAAUGAGAUGCGGGACAAGAUUGCCUUUGCGGACACGGCGGACAGGAAGAAUCCGUUCUUUGUAUAUACCCAUUAG